AUGUUCCUUGCCCCAGUCAGUUCAUACCGAUCAAUCCAUUUUAAUCAACAAGAAAAUAAGAAAGCAUUUGAAGAACAUUUUGCAGAACAGUUGAAAAUCUAUGACCAAGUGUCUGUUAUCACACUGGUUGAAUUGAUUGGGAAAGAGAGAGUGAUUGGUAAUGCUUACCUUGACCACAUCCUCGACUAUAAUUCUAAUAAGAUUACUUAUAUAACAUUUGACUUUCAUGAAUAUUGCCGAGGGAUGAAAUUUGAAAAUGUGUCAAUACUUACUGACUGCAUUAAGGAUAUCAUUAAAGACAUGCGUUAUUGCUGGGUUGACAGUAAAGGAAUAAUCUGUGAUCAAAAAGGUGCUUUCCGCAUCAACUGUGUCGACUGCCUGGAUCGAACUAAUGUUGUUCAAACGGCGAUUGCAAGAGUUGUCAUGGAGACACAGUGCCGGAAACUGGGUCUUCUUCCGCCUGAUGAAACCUUACCAAGAAGUUGUCGUAUUGCUUUCCAACAAAUUUGGGCCAACAAUGGUGAUGCAAUCAGCCAGCAAUAUGCAGGGACGGCAGCCCUCAAGGUAAGUCAUUGUCACAUGAUAUCUUUUGUUGCCGCAAGUAACUCUCCUCUCAUUUAA